UGCAUGAAAUCACAAACAGUUGAAGAACAACAACUUGUAUCCGUACAUUUGGCGUAACGAUUCUUGUCAUUCAUGUAAGGAACACACUUUUGAACGGGUCUCCAUAUCUGCAAUUAAUUUCUCUCUCGAUACAACCUCUCUAUACACUCAGAGACAUCGAAAGAUCUAAACAAAUUGAUGCAUUUCAAGAGCUAGACGACGAAAAUGGCGAAAUCAAACAUUAAUGACAAAGAGCUGUUACGAGCCUGCGAAGCGGCGAUCGAAGGUUCGAAACAAAAGGUUGUGAUAUCGAUUCGUGUUGCGAAAAGCAAGGGGGCAUGGGGUAAAGGAAAAAUUGGUAGCAAAGGCCAGAUAGGGGCUAAAUCUAGGGUUCUUGCUGUCACUUCACAAGAUAAAGGUGAACGAACAAAGGCGUUUCUCCGUGUCUUAAAGUAUGCGGAUGGCAAUGUUCUUGAGCAAGCAAAAAUAUACAAGCUGAAGAAUCUUGGGAAGGUGGAGGUGUUAACUAGCGACCCGAGUGGAUGCACAUUCAUGCUGGGUUUCGAUAAUCUUAGAAACCAAAGAGUUGCUCCUAUUCAGUGGACUAUGCGGAAUCUUGAUGACAGGAAUCGUCUCUUGGUUUGUAUUCUUAAUAUCUGCAAAGAAGCAUUAGGCCGUCUACCGAAGGUUGUGGGUAUUGAUAUUGUCGAGUUAGCUCUUUGGGCUAAGGAACAUACAUCAACAGGUUCUAAGCAACAGAAUUCAAAAGAUGGACCUUCUGGAGACUUGCUUUCAGAAGGUGAUACCGGAGUUACGGUUGGAAAUGAUCUUGUGUCACAAGCUGAAGAAGAGGAAAUGGAACUUCUUUUAGGCACAUAUGUCAUGGGCAUUGGGGAAGCAGAGGUCUUUUCCGAAAGGUUAAAACGGGAACUUCAUGCUUUGGAAGCAGCCAACGUGCACGCAAUUUUGGAAAGCGAGCAUUUAGUAGAUGAGGUAUUGCAUGGACUUGAGUCAACCACAAUUUGUGCUGAAGAUAUGGAUGAAUGGUUGGCACUUUUUAAUGUGAAGCUCAGGCAUAUGCGAGAGGACAUUGAGGCCAUAGAAGCACGGAAUAACAAGCUGGAAAUGCAGUCAUUCAAUUAUAAAGCGUUGGCUGCGGAACUAGAUGCACUUCUUGAAACAUUGCAUGUCCCUACAGAGAUUUCAGAUUGUUUAACUGAAGGCUCCUUUGAUGAGUCGCAUCUGCGUAAAUACAUUGAAGCAUGUGAAUGGCUAAGAAGUGCUUUGUGUGGUUUUGAUGCUUUGGAUCCCAAAUACACAACAACUAGAGCAGUGAAGGAAAAGAGGGCAUUCCUUGAAAUCACAAAGUUGACUUUUGCUCGACGAGCAUGUCAUUUUUUAAAAGACUAUUUUGUUCAUUUGGUUGAUUCUAUGAUAAGUGAUAAACGAAACUUCUCUCAGCGUGGGCAACUAAAGAAGCCUGAUCAUGCUGAUCUUCACAAUAAAUGCAAGACGUAUGCUCGCUUGUUGCAUCACUUGAAGAUUCUUGAUACAAAUAGCAUUAAACCGCUGAGGAAAACUUAUUGUAGCUCCUUUAAUCAACUUUUACGACAUGAGACUCGUGAAUUUGCUAAUGAGCUACGGGCUGGUACUAAACCACCAAAAGUUCAAAGUGUAUGGUUUGAAGGUCCCACCGCCCCCAACCAAAAUGUAGACACUUCAAUGAUUUCUGAAGCUUAUACCAAAAUGCUAGCGGUUUUUGUCCCGCUCCUUGUUGAAGAGAGUUCAUUUUUGUCGUUCUUUAUGCACUUUGAAGUUUCUUCACCGGACCCACCAAGUAUUCAAGAUGAGGAUGAUGAAGAUUAUUUACAAAUGAUGGAAACACAUGAAGAUGAAAGGGGUGCAUUGGACAUGGGGGCACUAAACGAGUCGCUUCGUGAUUUACUAGAUGGGAUACAAGAAGACUUUUUUGCAACAGUGGAUUGGGCCCACAAGAUUGAUCCUUUGCUGUGUAUAUCAAUGCAUGGUAUAACCGAGCGAUAUAUUUCUGAUCUUAAAGCGGAAACAGCCGGAUACGUAAGCCUCUUACUUGAUGCUAUGGAAGAUAAGAUUACUACACUAUUUACACGGUUUGUAGAUGACGCUCGUCACCAGAUAGAAAAAAAUGACAAAAACGUUAAACAAACGGGUGUCAUGUCAUUCGUACCUAGAUUUGCAUUGCUUGCCACCCGCAUGGAGCAGUACAUCCAGGGGCAAUCUCGGGAUUUGGUUGACCAGGCGUAUAUGAAAAUCAUUGGUAUUAUGUUUGUGACUCUGGACAAGAUUUCUCAAGCAGACUUAAAACACUCGGAUAUUUUUCUCUUAGAAAACUAUGCUUCGUUCCAGAAUAGUCUGUAUGACUUGGCCAGUUGUGUGCCAACUUUAGCUAAAUUUUAUCAUCAAGCAAGCGAAUCAUACGAGCAAUCCUGCGCACGUCAUAUCAGUGUGGUCAUAUAUUACCAAUUUGAGCGUCUUUUCCAGUUUGCUAAACGAAUUGAGGAUACGAUGUCUACUAAUGCUCCUGAAGAAAUCCAGUUUCAAGUUGGAUUGUCAAAAUCGGAUCUUAGAAAGGUGGUCAAAUCCAACUUAUCAGGGGUUGACAAACACAUCACUGCAAUGCAUAAGAAACUGAUGAAGAACAUGACCUCUGAGGAACUGAUACCUACACUAUGGGAUAAAUGCAAGAAAGAAUUUUUGGACAAGUAUGAUAGCUUUGUUCAACUUGCUGCGAAAGUCUAUCCGGGUGAAAACAUUCCAUCGGUAACAGAAAUUCGAGACCUUUUAGCAUCAAUGUAGAGUUAUAACGUAGUUAUUUGGAUCCAUUAG